UGCUGGUAUUGGGCCAUGGCAAUCCACAUUUCACACCCACCUUUUAUUCUCUCUCUCUCUCUCCUUUUCUUCCUCUUUACUUCUACACUAAAUAUAUCAUUUUCCCCACCCCCCAUUUCUUUGUUGCCAGUUCAGGAAAACAAAUAAAGUUCUCCUUUGAAACUUCUCUGAUCACAAUAUGCGUUUGUUUUUUAUUUCUCUUAUGAGUUUUGCUGACUGGGCUGUUAUUUUUGCCGGGAAGACAAAAAAGAGUUUCUUUUUGGGAUCAACUCUAACAGGCUAUGUUAUUUUGAAAGAAGUUACUUCGCAUCAAUAAUGGGUUCAGGUGAUUGGUUUAAGACAAUAAUUAGCUUAAGAAAAUCAAAAGAAGGCAGAUCAAAGAAAGCAAAGGGUAUCUUAACUCAAGAGAAACUAAAUGCAUCAAAGUCAAACAAUUAUCCAGGAAAAGAAUCCAGUGGUUUAACAAAUGGUAUUAAAAGUGAAAACCUUGUGUCAGCUGGGGUGUCAGUUGAAACUAUUGCUGCAACAAGGAUCCAGACUGCAUUUCGAGCUUAUAAGGCUAGAAAAGCUUUACGUCGCAUGAAAGGAUUUACAAAACUGAAGAUCCUAACAGAAGGCUUUUCUGUUAAAAAGCAAGCUAGUACAGCUGUAACAUACCUUCAUUCAUGGAGCAAGAUACAAGCUGAGAUUAGAGCUCGUCGAAUCUGUAUGGUAACAGAAGACAGGAUCAGGAGGAAGAAACUAGAGUCUCAACUAAAACUGGAGGCAAAGCUUCAUGAUCUGGAGGUUGAAUGGUGUGGUGGUUCUGAAACCAUGGAGGAAAUCCUUGGAAGGAUACAUCACAGGGAAGAAGCAGCAGUUAAGCGCGAAAGAGCCAUGGCAUAUGCUUUUUCCCAUCAGUGGAGGGCCAACUCUAGUCAGAACCAACUGCUUGGUAAUUAUGAACUUAGCAAAGCUAAUUGGGGUUGGAGCUGGAAGGAAUGCUGGAUUGCUGCUCGUCCAUGGGAAAGCCGUAUCCCUAGCUUAUCCGUCACCCCGGAGAAAGCUCAACAUAAGCAGCCAAGCCCAAGCAAAGUUCAGAAGGAUAAGAACACAUCAACACCAAAAACUCCCGUCUCAUUUAAACCUCCUUCAGCCAAUGCAAAAGGGACUCCUCCCUCGGCCAACGCAAAAGGCACUUCAAAAGCUAGGAGAUUGUCUUAUCCAACAACUGAGAAAACUCUGGUCCAAAGAGUGCAAUGAGUCCUCAGCAUGGUUUGCUAAGACAGCACAAUUUUUAAGUAUAAAGCCUUUUUGGAUAAUUCGAAUUGAACUGAGUCAAAUUGAUUUUCAAUUGGUUACAGUCCAUAAAAAGGCAACUAAAAAGCCAACUUAUUUAUUUAUUGAUUGCUUCCAAUUUGUGCAUAUGAGCGUGACUGAAAUUCAAGCCACUGCAGAGAAUGUGUUAACAGACCUGCUUGUGGGUGUGAUUUGUUGAUGCUUCUGUUUAUUAUCUUUUUCAAUCUUGUACAUUCAAAUUCAAGGAAGAGACAGAUUGUAGAUAGGACAAUAUAUCUAUUUUUUCCUCUUCUCUGCUGUAAUAGAAAAUUUCCAAGAUGUGAUCAAGUUGUUGACUUCGUCAUGGUUUAUUAUUACCAUAUUGAGAUGGCUUGUGCAA